AGCUUGAGCUGUUGAAGCCGACUUCAAUCUCGUAAUUCCAAUAACACCCAUCACCCAAACCCAAGUUGCACCCCCACCAUGCGACACAAACCAUGGGCAAAACCGUAAUUUCCCGCAUAGCCAACGCAUCUCCGAUCAUAACACUGUGGGAGGAGGCGCUGCCAUGGCUUCGGAUGAACAAUCUUCUUGAGCCCUAAAAACUCAACAUCACAUCUUCAUAACAAUAUCAUCAUCAUCAUUAUUAAGAUCACACAAGGUUUUAUUCUUCUUUUGUCAUUGGGAAAACCGGGCUUCACUUCCAUGUGCGGUGAUACCACAGUAUUGCCAUGCACGUCUGUGUUUACGAAUCUUGCGACACAGAGACUGUUAAUAAACUGAUGCAAUGGCAUCGUCUGGUAAAUUCGACCUGUCAUCUGUUAGCCCGGAUAGACCGUUGUACAGCUCUGCACAGCGCGGGUCCUACUCAGCUGCUUCACUGGACAGAUCGUCGAGUUUCCGUGAAAAUAUGGAAAAUCCAAUCUUAUCAUCUCUUCCAAGCAUGUCAAGAAGUAACUCAACUGUUACACAAGUAGAUGUAACCAAUUUUUUUCAAUGCUUGCGGUUUGACCCAAAGUCAAUGGCAGCUGAACAUAAAUUCAAUCGAUAUGGGGAUUUCAAACGACUUGCAAGUGCUGUCGUUGGUUCACCAGAUGAGUCACCGUCUGGUUUGUUGAAGGGCAAACUGCGUAAUUCCUCGCCUGAGGAUCUCAAACGGUUAAAGGCUGGUUUGCGGGAAUCCACCAUUAAAGCCAGGGAACGGGUGAAGGUUUUCAGCGAGACCUUAUCAGUGAUUAACAAGUGUUUCCCGAGUAUUCCUUCAAGGAAGAGAUCAAGGCCAGAUGCUUUACCUGGCGAUCGAUCUAGUGGUUUACUAUUAAAUCGUGCACCUAUGGGGGCAGGUGUCGGUAAGAUGGGCACCCAAAGUCAUUCCCUCACAAAUACAUUCGACUUUGAGCAGCAGAAGGUCGAAGAACGGGGUAAAAAUGCCAUUCCUAACAAAAGAACCAGAACUUCAAUGGUUGAUCAAAGGGCGGAGGUGCGUCCAAACACUCCUGCUAGAUCAUCGGGGCUUCCAAACGGCAAUACUCCUCAGAGCGAGGAUCGGUCAUUGCACAUUGUAGCCGAUGGUUGGGAAAAAACAAAAAUGAAGAAGAAACGUACUGGAAUAAAAGCUGAUAAUGCCCCGAGUCCAAAUUCAAUGUCAACAAAAGCUAUCAAUGGAUACAAAGAACCCAAACAAGGAAUGCAUGCAAGGCAUCUUUCUGAUUCCAUGUCACGGUUAAAUGAUUCUCAUGGGUUAAGGCCCGGAGCUGCUAAUGGAAUAAUUGGAGGCGUAAAAAUUGACGGUCCAGCUCAGCAGGCAAGUGUGGGCAUACGGUCUUCCAUCCCAAGGCCUGAACAAGAGACCACAUCUCUUCAUCAUGAUAAAAGAGAUAGAAGUACUAGUUCCGAAAAGGAAAGGACAAAUCUCAGAUCAGUUAAUAACAAGUCCAGUUUCCGAGAUGAAUUUAUAUCUGGUAGUCCUACCUCUGGCACAAAAUUGCACGGGCCAGCUCGAGGUCCAAGAUCAGGGUCAAGUGUUGUGCCCAAAUCAUCAACGGUGGUUCAACGAGCAAAUGCUUCCAGUGAUUGGGACAUGGGUCAUGUUACCCACAAGAACCCUGGUCAGUUUGGGUCCAAUAAUCGUAAACGUACACCCGCAACACGCUCUCCAUCUCCCCCAGUAGCACAGUGGGCUGACCGUAGGCCCCAAAAGAUAUCACGUACCGCAAGGAGAACAAAUCUUGUCCCUAUUUUAUCUAAUAGUGAUGAAGCCCCUGCUUUGGAUAAUAGUCAUAAUACCAGUGAUGUUACUGGUAGUGAAAGUGGGCCCGGGUUUUCCAAACGGUUUUCCGCUAGUUCUCCUCAGCAAUUCAAAUCAAAAGGAGAUUAUCUCCCAUCAUCUACACCAUCUGAAAGUGAGGAGUCUGGGGCUGCUGAAAUUAGAUCUAGAGAUAAGGGGAAGAAGUCUUAUGAAGUAGAAGAUAAAGGUGAACCGAAUGUUCAAAAGAUGUCAACUUUAGUUCCAACAGUAAGAAAGAAUAAGAUGGUGAAUGGGGAAGAAGUUGGUGAUGGAAUUCGUAGACAAAAUAGAACCGGGCGAGGUUUUGGUUCUUCACGCGGUGUUACACCGCCAGUAGAGAAGAUUCGCCAUGUGGGAACCGCAAAGCAGCUUAGAACUGCUAGACAGAGUUUUGAUAAGUCCGAAAGCAAGCCAGGUAGGCCUCCCACUAGGAAACUCUCUGACCGCAAAGCUUAUACUCGUCAAAAGCAGACCGCAUUCAAUGCUGCAGUAGAUUUUCCUGUUGGUUCUGAGGAUGGACAUGAAGAGCUUCUGGCUGCAGCUAAAGCGGUUACUAAUCCUAAUCAUGCUUUGUCGAGUCCAUUUUGGAGGCAGAUGGGACCACUUUUCGGUUUUGUAUCUGAUUUAGACAUGUCGUAUUUAAAGCAACAGGGAAGCACUCACUCCAGUAUUAACACAAAAACCCCAGUUCACCAAGACAUUGAUAGUUCUGGCACACUAAUUAACGGAGCAGAAAGCAGAAGUGUUGAACCAAUGGGUCCCGGGGAAAUUCCCCUUUCUCAGAGGCUACUUGCCGCGUUAAUUUCAGAAGGGGACGACGAGCUUCCCUUUAACGGGAAUAAUGAUCACAACUUUAAUGUUUAUGGAUCUGCAUUUGAGUUUGACACAGAUCUAGAGUCAAACACCUUCAAGAAUAGGUCAUUGCAAAACUAUGAACUCGUUGGACGUGGUAAUUUAAGUGGUCAUAGGAAAAACUCUACACUGGGUCCGCCAGGUCAUCAUAUUGUGUCCAUGCCAGAUUCGACAGCGGUAACUGGUUUUGACCAUUCUUAUAAUGGUCUACUUUCAGAUCCAGCAAUGACAUCUGGCAUCACCUGGUCAGAUUAUCAGUAUGCUAACGUGCCAUUGAAUGAAAGACUUCUUAUGGAGAUUCAGAGUAUUGGACUCUAUCCGGAACUUGUGCCUGAUUCACCAAACAAUGGGAGUGAAGGCAUUAGUGGAGAAAUUUGUCGACUUGAAGAAAAACUUCAUGAACAGGUUUCCAGGAAGAAACGCUUGCUUGAUAACCUUUUGGAGUCCACUAACGAAGCAAGAGAGCUGCAAGAGAAGGAAUUUGAACAACUUUGUAUCGACAAACUCACUGCAAUGACUUAUCAAAAGUACAUGAGUUGUUGGGGUCCUCACGCACCUAAAAGUGUCGGUAGUAAAGUAUCCAAGCAAGCUGCUUUAGGUUUCGUGAGUCGAACACUGGAUCGAUGCCACGAAUUUGAGUCAACAGGCAAAAGCUGCUUCACUGAACCCGUAUAUAAGGAAAUGAUCCGAUCUGGAUCAUUACACUUAAAUGGCACGCAAUUCGAUGCUGCAACCAAUAACGAAUCUGGUAAAAUUAAUGGGAAAUCCAUAGAAAGAGUGUCAGUAGGUACACAACUAAGCCCUUCGUUAAACAACCAUGACAUGUAUUCGUCUGACGCAUUCCACUUCUCUGAGCAAACUAGUGGCAAAGAUGAAAAUAUAUGGUCAAGCAGGGUCAAAAAGAGAGAAUUAUAUCUUGACGAUGUCGUUGCUGGUACUUCUUCCGGCUUUGGAACAACAAUUUUAAAUACUGCAAAAGGAAAGAGAAGUGAGAGGGAUCGGGAGGGUAAAGGGAACGGUUUAUCCAGAAACGGAGGCCCGAAAGUUGGGCGACCCGCAUCCGGUAACGCUAAGGGUGAAAGAAAGAACAAAACAAAAUUAAAGCAGAAAACAACCCAAUUAUCUGCAUCACUCAAUGGCCCGAUUGGAAAGAUUUCAGAUCAAAACCGAACGUUUUCUUCAAUCCCUACGUCUUUCGAUAUGAAAAAUAAUAAUGUUGUCAAAGAGGAAGAUGAGUAUAAAUUCUUGGAUAAUAACACCGAGGAGCCGCUUGAUUUUUCACAUAUGGAAAUACCCGAUGUUCUCGGUGAGCAAGGGGAGGACAUAGGCUCAUGGUUGAACAUCGAUGACGAUAUAUUACAAGACGACGAUUUUAUGGGGCUUGAGAUUCCAAUGGAUGAUUUAUCCGAUUUGAAUAUGAUGGUCUAAUAAGUAAUAAAGUUGAUAAUGUUAUGUUGUACAGACAUGUCGAGUAUACACUGCUUACAGACGAAAGAAACAUAACCGCUGGUCUCGAGAAAUUCCAGCCUGUGAUUGGGCUUCCGAAACCGAUUCUUUUCAGAAUCCAAUCAAUACAUGUGUGGAAGGAUGGAUUUCGAUGGUAUGGAUUUUGCCAUUUUGGUGAUAUUUAAUAUAGUGACUUAGGGUUUGUAAAAAUCUUUUUGUUCUCUACCCCGACGCAUAACCUAGUUUGUUCCACCACCCACUAUAUCUUAGGAAACCCGAUUUUUGGUUGUAGCAUUUAAAGAUCAGGGGACAAUACCCCUUGUACAUACAAGUUAUGUUCUCAAUAAAAUCAGUUCAUUCUUAAGUCCAUCACAGGCGUAUUCGUGUGUGUGUGUGUGUGUGUCAUCAUCAGGUACAGUAAUACUUCUAGUAACGAGAAGCAUCGCGGUUCUGGGUGCAAUUUGAAGAAUUAGAUUCCAAGGUAUGUAAUCUGUAAUUCUUUCAGUGCCAUAGUUCAUAGUUGUCAAUAGCGAUUGUAGUGAUCGCUAUAGCGCGCUACGUAGCGUUUAGGUCUCGUGUCGCUAUUAGGGUUGUAGCGAUGGAUAGCGAGAACAGCGCCAUUUUUUUUUUGUUUUUAGUAUAAAUAGCAAUUAGUAUAGAUAUAAAAUAGCUGGAUUUUAGGUUUUUGUUAAAUAUACAUGUAAAAUUGCAUAUAUACAAGGGUAUUUUGAUAUAAUAUACGUAUAAAUUUUUUGAAAUUUCUUUUUCUAGUGUAUCGCUAUUUAUAAAUAGCCACCUGUUAUUUAUCGCUAUUCGCUAUGUAGCAUAUAGGUACCCUAUCUCUAUUUGUCGCUAUUCGCCAUUAACAACUAUGUUCAGUGCAAAUAAAGUCUUUACUAAUCCAUUUCUGUAAAUGACCAAUAAACUUACCUAUCGCUAUCGGCUGUGUUAUUCUGUUAUAAUUAUUUCACAUCUUUCUCGGGACCAUGGAUUCCAUGUUUCUGUUAUUGCGGGUAAGUCAUCUUGAAGUUUUAGCCGUGUUGUAUUUUGACAGUUUCGGUCUUUAGAAUAUCUGUUCUCACAUUAUUCUUGGACUUUAGCUCAAAUGAGGCUCGCUCAAAUGUUUUUGUUUUGCACGGUCUUUUUGAUGCUCAUAUGAAGCUCAAAUGUUUUUGUUUUGUGCAGGUUUUUUUUAUAGGGACAUACGGAGAACGCUGACUUGUUUCACGGGACGCUAAAAACGAUCGAAAGUUUCGAAUGUGUUUUUUUUUCCGUCUUGGUAUGCAUUCUUUCAUGUGAACAUUGUAACUAAUCUUGGAAUACAGUUACUAAAGUUAUAUAACUGAAAUUAUAAAGAAAUAGAGACCCUGUUGGCAAAGUUGUAUUUCUCAGUAUUAAUAGAGAUUGCAAUUCAUCUU